AUGGCUUCCAUUCGCGUGCUGUCGUUCGAUGCUGAGGGCCGCCCUGUGCGUUUCACCGCUUGGCUAGAUGACCUGCAGCUGUUUCUCCUGAGCGAUAGCAAGGAGCAUGUGUCGCUCUAUGACUACGCGUCUGGUGCUGCGCCUGCCCCUCCUGCCACAGCUGAGCUUAGUGUUCGUUCCCACUGGCAGACUCGUGACGCAGCUGCUCGCCUAGCCAUUCGCAGUCACCUGCCGUUAGCUGAGCUAGAGCAUUUUGGCGACUGCAAAUCCGCUAAGGCCCUGUACGACGCUGUCGUCGCUCGCUACUCCUCGCCUGCCACAGCCGAGCUUAGCCGCCUCAUGCUGCCGUACCUGUUCCCCGAUCUGUCCACCUUUACUACAGUCGCCGAUCUUAUCACCCACCUUCGCACUAGUGAUGCUCGCCUGCGUGCCGCCCUUCCCACCGAGUUCUGCGCUAAGAACCCCCCUCCACUGUACUGGACACUCCACUUCAUAGUCACCCAUCUCCCUGACACCCUCCGCUCAGUUCGAGACCACUUCCUUGCUCGCUGUCCCACUGAGCUCACAGUCGCCCUCCUAGAGGAGCACCUGCUCGCGGCCGAAAAGAGCAUUGUAGCUGUCGGUGCUGCUCGUGGCGCUCCUCGCACCCCCAUCUUUGAGGGGUGUUCUCCCUCUCCCCUCGCUCCCUCCUACGCUGCUGCUGCUGCUGUUGACUUCCUUGGUGCUGAGUCUGUUGGCGCUGCUUCUGCUCCUAGUGGGAGGCGCCGCACCGGCAAGGGCAAGGGGGGCAAAAGUGGUGGUGGUGGCGCUGGUGGGGGAGGAGGUGGGGGAGGUGGGGGGGGAGGCGGUGCUGGAGGGAGCGGUGGCGGGAGCGCUGGUGGGAGUGGGGUCGGUGGUGGAGACGGGGGCGGCGGAGGGAGCAGUGGCAGUAGUGGCGGCGGCGGCGGUGGCGGCGGUGGCGGUGGUGGCGGUGGUGGCGGUGGCGGUCGGAGCGGUGGUAGUGGUGGCGGCGGAGGUCGGAGUGGAGGCACUGGCUCUGGCCAGAGCUCCCAGCAGCAGCAGCGUCCCCAGACGACCCAGCAGCUUCGUGAGUGGCUUGCUCAGCGUGGGACGUCGGGGGCCAGUGCCCGCUGUUCUUAUGUCAUUCGCACAGGUGACCGCAAGGGACAGACGUGUGGGAGGUUCCACACCCCGUACCGCUGCUUCUCCCGCCUUGACGACGCUUGGCGUGAGGAGAUGGGUGCGGAUGUUGAGCGCCCCCGCUGGGCUGAGCUCAUGAGGGCUGGUGUUGAUGUCUUUGCUCUUGACUAUGAUGCUAUUAUUGCUGCCAUGUAUGCAUUGACUGUUAGUGCCGAGGGAGACUGUUACUUGUGUGUGCCGCCUGACCCAGGUAUAGAGCCCGCUGCCCUGGGUACUAGUGAGUCUGCUCUCUCUGGUAUGGUGCCCCCUGUACUUGCUCCCCCCAGUGCUGUCCCGGCUGGUUUCGAGUCUGCUCUCUCAGGUACCGCACUGGCUGAGGCCUGUCACACCUUCACCCUUGACUCAGGUGCUUCCCGUUGCUUCUUUCGUGACAGUACUGAGCUCACACCGCUUCCUGCACCGGUCCCAGUCUCCUUGGCUGACCCCUCUGGGGGCCCAGUCCUUGCCCAGUCCACCACUGUCCUCCCUUGUCCGGCGGUUCCGUCUGGCUCGUUGUCGGGUUUCCACCUCCCCUCGUUCUCGACGAACCUGGUGAGCAACGCUGUCCUCCAGGAUCAGUGGGUUGACACCUUUACCCCUGGCGGACAGCGUGUGGCGAUCUGCACGUGCUCCAGGACCGGCCGUCACCUGGCUACGUUCACCCGUCGGCCGGGGUCGAGUCUCUACACACUGACCACUGCGUCUCCCCAGGUAGCUGCUGUCGGUCAGGUGUCUGCGUCAGGUCUGGUGGCCCACGCCUGUGAGUGUCGUUCCCUGUCGCACCAGACUCUUCUCUGGCACCACCGCCUGGGUCACCCCUCCUUGCCACGCCUUCGUGGCAUGCACCGUCGCCUCCUUGUGUCCGGUCUUCCCAGGUCCCUCCCUCCCCUCCCUGCCUCGCCUGCGCCGCCUUGCCUUCCUUGCGUCGAGGGGCGGCAGCGCGCCGCUCCUCACUCCUCCUCGUUCCCCCCGACAGAGGCUCCUCUGGAGACCCUCCACCUGGACGUGUGGGGCCCAGCCCGCGUUCGUGGUCAGGGCGGUGAGCGGUAUUUUUUGCUGGUUGUCGACGACUACUCGCGUUACACCACGGUCUUCCCCUUGCGCACCAAGGGUGAAGUCCCUGCUGUUCUGAUCCCUUGGAUCCGCAUGGUUCGUCUCCAGCUCCGCCGCCGUUUCCGGACGGAUCUUCCUGUCCUGCGUCUGCACUCUGACAGAGGUGGUGAGUUUUCCUCCGACCUCUUGAGGACCUUCUGUCAGGCGGAGGGCAUCGAGCAGACCUUCACGCUUCCGGACUCCCCACAGCAGAAUGGGGUUGCUGAGCGUCGCAUUGGCCUGGUCAUGGAGGUCGCUCGUACCUCCUUGGUCCACGCGGCGGCUCCCCAUUUUCUGUGGCCGUUUGCUGUCCGGUACGCCGCGCAUCAGCUCAACCUCUGGCCCCGUGUCUCCUUGCCGGAGACCUCGCCCACACUGCGUUGGACGGGGGAGGUUGGCGAUGCGUCGCGCUUCCGGGUGUGGGGUGCUCGUGCCCUUGUCCGCGAUACGUCUGCGGACAAGCUCUCCUCCCGCACGCUUCCCUGUGUCUUCCUUGGCUUUGUCCCUGACGCGCCUGGCUGGCAGUUUUACCACCCCACCUCGCGCCGGGUCUUCGCCUCUCAGGAUGUCACCUUUGACGAGUCGGUCCCCUUUUACCGUCUCUUCCCCUACCGCACUGCCCCCCUCCCUCCCCCGCCGCUUUUCCUUGCUCCUGGUCCCCCUCCGGUAGACCCCCUUCCCCCUCAGGGUCCUGCUCCUUCAGGUGUCUCUCAGGUAGACCCUCCUCCCGUCGCUGAGCCUGUCGAGGUCACAGGUGACUCAGGUGCUGCUGCGGGUGGUGCUGCUGGGAGUGCUGAGCCUGGGGGUGCUGAGCCUGGGGGUGCUGGGCCUGGGGGUGCUGGGGCUGCAGGUGCUGGGACUGAGGGUGCUGGAGCUGAGGGUACGGUGCCUGAGAGUACGGAGCCUGGGGGUGCUGCGCCUGGGGGUGCUGAGCCUGCGGGUGCGAGGCCUGGGAGUGCUGGGACUGCGGGUGCUGGGGCUGAGGGUACUGUGCCUGAGAGUUUGCCGCCUGGGGGUGCUGAGCCUGGGGGUGCUGCGACUGGGGGUGCUGAGCCUGCGGGUACUGAGCCUGCGGGUACUGAGCCUGGGGGUGCUGCUACUGAGCCUACGGAGCCUCGGGUUACUGUGUCUGGGGGUGCUCCGGUUCGGGGUGCUGAGCAGUCUCUCACACCGCAGCAGCUUCGUGACUGGUACGUCCGACGCUUUCGCCGUCCUAGUGGCUCGGCUGGAGUUGGGGGUGCUGGAGUUGCUCGUCCUGGGGGUGCUCGUACUGGGGGUACUGGAGCUGCCGGGACUGGCUGUUCUGGGAGCGCUGCGACUGGAGCUGCUGGAGCUGGGGACUCUGGCGUUGGCGGUGCUAGCGGAGUUGGAGCUCCCGACUCUGGGGGUGGCGCUGCUGCUGGUGCUGCGGACCCACCUGGUGGAGCUGCUGCUGGUACUGAGGAGUCGGACGGUGGAGCUGCUACUGGUGCUGAGGACCCGGCCGCUGGAGUCCCUUCUGCUUCUAGAGACGCUGCGCGGCCGCGACCAGCGUCGUGA